CAUGAGCCUGCCGGGGCCCCGCCCCUGGGCACGGCCCCCCUGGGCCUGUCCCGGAUCCCCGGCUCCCCCUACGAGGUGGUGGUGCUGCAGGAGGGCUACAGCCGGGCGCUCCCGGACGGCUCCACCCGGGCCGACGGCUCCGUCACGCUGCUGCGGGGGCCCCGGCUCACCCUGGUGGACACGGGGGGCCCCUGGGGCCGGGAGCGGCUGCUGGGGCUGCUGGCGGCCCAGGGGGUGGCCCCAGGGGACGUCUCCCACGUGGUCUGCACCCACGGCCACUCCGACCACGCCGGCAACCUCAACCUCUUCCCCGGCGCCACGCUGCUGGUGGGCUUCGACCUCAGCCGGGGCGAGGGGCUCUACCUGCCCCACGGCCUGGGGGGCGGCGCCCCCUACCCCAUCCACCCGGGCCACGUGGAGGUGCUGCCCACGCCCGGCCACACGGCCGCCCACACCAGCGUGCUGGUGCGGGGCACGGCCCUGGGCACGGUGCUGGUGGCCGGGGACCUGUUCGAGCGGGAGCAGGACGAGGGUGUCUGGCAGGCCCUCAGCGAGGACCCCACCCGGCAGGAGCGGAGCCGCCGGCAGGCGCUGGCGCUGGCCGACGUGGUGAUCCCCGGCCACGGGCCCCCCUUCCGCGUGCUGCGGGCGGGGGGCAGCGCCGGGGGGGAGACGCCCCCUGGGCCCCACUGAGCCGCCAAUAAACCCAGCUUGGCCACCCCUGGCGCUGCCUCUUAUGGGGGUCAUUUCGCGGAGACGGCACCCGAAACGCAGCCAGAGGGGAGGGGGGAGACCCACAGCCCCCAGGAUCGCUGCAGGGGGCCGUGGGGGGGCUGCCAUGAUCAGCAGGGGAGGCCCGGGAGCAGCAGCACAAGCUCAGAGGGUAGCCACGAGAGCGGGUCCGUGGGUUCACCCCACACACAGGCCAGACCCCUUUCUGGUACAGCCAGAGAGAACGGGGGACUGAACCCCAUUAUGGACAGCUGCAUCUCAGCGCCGGGCGAGGGGUCCCCGGGUA